CCGUCAGUCACUUUUCGCACCACAAUACAAACACAUCUGCAAAUUUGUCCGCGAGCCGGACGUUUGUGUUGUACCUCGUGCUUAAAUGUAAUUACUGAUUUUGUUAUUACGUGAAGACCAAGCCGUCAGAGAGCAAUUUUGAAAAUUUUUGAGAAAAGAAUGGAUAAUCCAUUACCACAUAUUAUGGAAAGCGUGGAUUGUGAUGGUUCAACAAAGCCGAAAGACAGGUUAGUCAGCCUUCUUGAUCAGAUCGAAGUGCAUGUAGAACAACUGAGGAAAGAUGCUUGGAGACUCGAAGAAGAGAGAGAUACACUCCUGACUACCUUAGACACACUUAGAAACAAUGAAAUUUUAAGUGGAUUAGAUGAAACUGACAAGGACGAUGUGCUGAGGUAUGCUGAAAGAUUGUCUAUGCGAUGUUUAACAGUUGAUGUGUUGGUUAAAAUUCAGCGUGAUCAAAUUCAAGAGGAAGCACUACAUCAGGUAAAUGGUUUGAUAGAUAGUUUAGUUGUUGGCCUCCGUGAUGAUCCAGCUGGAACUCGGCAGCGUUGUGCAUCUUUUAUGAAUGCUUGUACUUCACAAAGCGUUGGCCAUUCUGAUAAAAUCUUUGAGACAGCAAUUCUUGGGUGUACUAUGGAUGAUCAGAAACGAAUAAAAAAGAGACUGCAGGGGCUAUUAGAUUAUAUUGAUAAAAUGCACACAAUUAAAUUACUGUGAAGCUCUAUUUAGAAUACGAUUUUAAAAUUUGAUUUUGAUUUGAUUUUAAAAGAAGUCAGAUAAGUAACUCUUUAAAUCAGCAAUUAAUACGACCUAGUUAUCUGAAAAGAGAUUUGAGAAAAACUGAUUAUAGCAGGGUGCUUGAUAAUUCAAUGAUGUUUAUGGUAAUUGUACAAAAAGUAUCAUAUAUUAUGAGUUUUUUCUCUACAUGUACUAUUUCUACACCUUGCUAUCUGCGCAAAUAAGCUUUUAUGCAUAUUACACUUGUAUAUGCGCGUUAAUUAUGAUAGGAAAUUAUUAUAAAAUUAUUAUAACAAAUAGUAAAUAUUUCCGUACUUACUUAAAAGAUUCUUUGAAAGAAGAAUUAAUUAAAGAAGAAAGAAGAAAGAAUUAAAAUUGUUUAUUUUUGAAAUAAAUGAUUAUAACAUACAGGGUGUCCUGUGUAACGCGACUCGCUAUUUCUUUGCCAUUUGUAGCCAUGUAACAAAAAAUGUUUUGAACCAUACUUUGAUGGUGUCGAGCGUACUACAAAUGAUGAUAGAAAGAAUCCCGAAAAUACUUCGUUUUCAUAACGAAACUAGCGUCACCUUGGUUAACACAAAUAGGAUUAUAUGUUGCUUUUUCCAUGAAAUUGUAGAGCAAUUUAUGAGAAAUUCAUUAUAUUUUUAUUAACUCAAUACUAGGUUCAUUGUAGUGGAAGUAAUAUUUCACUGGCUGAUGCAUUUCAGGAUUAUUUACAUUUCAUAAGGAAGAAAUUACUACAUCAUGUAGAGUUGUACAUCCAGCCACUCUAAUAACAAAAUAAUAACUUUCUACAAAAGAGCAAAAUGUCGUAAGAAGAUGGUAUGCAAUUUGAAUAAGUGUUAAAAUAAAGUGUGCUGUAAAUCUGGUAUUGAGUUAAUAAAAAUAUCGGGUAAUGUGCUUUCUGAUUUUAUUGUAAAGUUCCCAUCAAUCUCAUGGAAAAAGCAAUAUAUAGUCCUACCUAUGUUAACAAAGUGAUCUUGGUUUCUCUAUGAAAAUAAAGUAUUUUUGGAUUUUUUAUCUUCAUUCGCAGUACACUCAACAUCAUUAAAGAACGGUUCAAAACAUUUUUUGUUACAUGGCCGCAAAUGGCAAAAAAAUAAUGAGUAGCGUUACGCGGGGCCCCCUGUAUGUAGAUAUUGAAGCAUAAUAUGUUGAGCGUAAUAACUUCACUAGAAUCUAUAUUUGAAAAGAAAUAAAACGGAUAAUAUAAAUAUA